AUGAACAUAAACGAAGUACACCAACCAACAUCUCUUCAAACGUAUACAUAUCACUGCCUUGAGCAAUGUAUUGAAAUAUUUAUAGCAUUUCAGAAUCUUAUCAAACUUCAAGUGAAACGACUUCAUGAUAUCGAGGAAAAACCUCUUUUUUAUCCACUUUAUCAUGUGGAAGAAAGUUUCAAUGAACUCGUGCUUUUAAGCACCUGA